AUGUCAGCAUGGAUCGCGUCCAUAGACGAUCUUGAUUUGGAAGAAGUGAAAACCAUUGAUCUGGGGAGACAUUUCCGCCACCGACUAUAUACAGGCAACGAUUUUGCGUCGUCCCAGCAGGCGUUUCUUGACUUUGCCAUCUGCGAUGACCAGAUCAUGGUAGUAGAUACCGCACACCUGGAAACUAUUAGGCCAAUUUGCCGGUUCACAGCCGAGCCUAACAAAGAGUUUCAUGGGCCGGAGGCAAUAAACUACUUGCGACUUGGUAUUUUGGACGGAUCGGAGGUGUUGGGCGCCUGCUAUCGUGGAUUGCGGGCGUGUGUAUGGGCAAUAUCUGACAUUAUCCGAGCUGUUGAAGAACUUGAGGCCAACAAAAACGAAAACGAGAAUGAGAAGACUCCAUUCAUCCAAAUAAAGCCUAUACGCACAGUUGAUACGCUGGACUCGGCGUGGGGGAUUGCAUUUCAUCCCAAAAUGCCCCUGAUUGCAGCAUCAGACAAUAGCGAAACCAUAACAUGGAGCUUUGGACACAAGAGACAAUCGCAAAUGCGCAUCAAAAACUUGGGAGGCAAUAUUCCAAGCAUAGAUUUUGUCGAGGCCAGCACUGUGCUUGUAGACGCACUACCCUACGACAGAAAUAUUUAUUUGGCUUUCGUGACUUUACAACCGACCUACGGCAAUGGGUCUGCAGGAGUAUGGCAAUUGGACCCCGGUAGGCUCGAUGAACCUAAUUACGGUGGCCGGCUUUUAUAUUGCCAGCAACUCCCUCAAGAAGGUUGGACUGUCACCCACAUCUCAGCACAUAGGGCACAAACCCCACCAAAGUUCCCGUGGGACGGCCCAGAAACAUCCAAAAUCGACUCUAAUGGGUACGCACAGUAUCACUCACUGCUGGAUGUGCCCUCGUGGCGAGGAGGCAGGGAACUUACUUUGGACGCCAGUGCACUUCCGCCUUGGCUAGCAGCCCAGGACGCAGACAUGAGGAGAAGAGUUUCAAAGGUGAAAGGGACUCGGAUGCCUAAAAUGAGGCUAAAACUUCAAGACACUCUUCUGUUCACCACCACAUCUACCCAUGCACUGCUAUGCAGAGCCAGUGAUUUCCAUUGUUACUCUAUCGCCCGCUACUCUGCAGAGCCCAACGUCCACGGGGUUCGGCUGGGCACUGCAAUGACGAUUGUGCAAAAAAUCGAGCCUCUGGGGCUAUUUAUCGCUCUCACAAGAACCGGGAAAGUUGUGUUUUUCCGGCUCCUCAAAAGCAUGGGUCUCAUUGGCCUCAAGCAUGUCUACACACUCGAAACAGGAUACGAAUACACCGGCAUCUCUGCUCGACCUGAAGUACUCGGUCAAGAGAAUGGUGUUUGGUAUGUCAGGCUAUGGGACUUGAGUGAACAGAAAGUGACGGUUCUUCGUAUUGAUGGUAGUAUUAGAGUGGUGAAUUGA